CAACACUCCAACACUCUCAUCCUCCAGCUCAACAAUCUUCACACUCACAACUCCAUCACCACCUUUUAACCACAAACCAACCAUCAUCAUGAAGCUGUCCGGUGUCCUCUCUGCCCUUACCUUCGCCACUGCCGCCUCGGCCACCACUGUCUCCUACGACACCGGCUACGAUGAUGGAAACCGAGCCAUGACAUCCGUCGCCUGCUCCGACGGCAAGAACGGCCUCAUCACCCGCUAUGGCUUCAACAAGCAGUCCGACAUCCCCCGCUUCCCCUACAUCGGCGGCGUCUACACCAUCGCCGGCUGGAACUCUCCCAACUGCGGCCAAUGCUUCCGCGUCGAGUACCAGGGCCGCAAGAUCCACGUCCUCGCCAUCGACCACGCCGGCGAGGGUGUCAACAUGGGUCUCCGCGCCAUGAACGACCUCACCAACGGCAAGGCUGCCCAGCUCGGCCGUAUCAACGCCCAGGUCUACCACGCCAAGCCCACUGACUGCGGCCUCAAGGCUUAGAUGGCAUUAUUACGACUUUUUUAAUGAACCAUGAGCGCAUCAUCCGGGUUGGAUAGCGGGCUUCUUCUUCUUCCUCUCCUUUACACUAUGGAUUUAAUACUUGGCAUUGGUUGGCGUUUAGAUUACGAUUGAUCACACUUGAUCUACUACCUAGAUAUUCACUCAUGAAUGAACAUAGAGCUUACAGCUUCA